GUUCUUCACGGCUCAGUUAAAAGAAGUGAAUACUUGGGUUGACACUGAAGCAUCAGUAUAGCCGGCAUUUAUAUUUUGCCGUGCCCUCAGUUUGACCCUCUGGUUGCCAAGAAAACCCCCGCCCAGUCAGCCAGUCCACGCGAAUCGCUGCGGCCUCGCUCGUUGCAAACCUUCCAGCCUGUCUUGCCUCCGCUCGAGGCUACAGGACACUUCACCCUCUGCCGCCCCGCCUCGUCGCCAUCCUCCACCCGCUAUAUAUAGCCGCCCUCCUCGAGUCUUCCUCCUCCAUCGGCCAUCGCCGUCUCCAGCAGAGAAGAAGCGGCACAGCUCAAGGACAGCGCAGCACGCAAGCGGGACCGCACCGAAGCAGCACACAGCACACAAGAUCACACAUCCUACUGCUGCGCCGCACAAUGGGCAUCUGCGUGUCGUGCGACGCGGCGGACGAGGGCGCCGCGACGGCGAGGGUGGUGCUCCCCAGCGGCGAGCUCCGGGAGUACGCCCCGCCGGCCACGGCCGGGACGGCGCUGCAGGCGGCCGGCGGCGAGGGCCCCUGGCUCCUCUGCGACGCCGACGGGAUGGCGUUCGAGGGCCCCGUCGCCGUCGCGGCGGUCGCCCCCGGCGAGGAGCUCCAGGCCGGGCAGAUCUACUUCGUGCUCCCCGCCGAGAUGCGGCGCCGCCGCCUCACCCGCGAGGAGGUCGCCGCGCUCGCCGUCAGGGCCAGCUCGGCGCUCGUCAAGGCCGCGGCGGCCGCGCAACCGUCCUCGCCCUGCCGCCGGCUCCGGCGCGGCGCGGUGGCGCCGCUCGUGUUCCCGGUCCCCGAGGAGGAGUACGCGGCGGCGGACGCGGUCUCGCCCGUCGCGGCGAAGCCGCACCAGAAGCGGAGGGUGGCGUGCCGGGGCGGGAGGGCGUCCAGGUUCUCCCCCGACCUGACCGCGAUCCCGGAGACCGAGAGCGAGUAGAUCGAGCCUCCGCUCGGCAUGUGAUAUGUCUCUGGUGGUCAGUGGUGACGGGUCGCUCGCCGGCGCUUGGUCGGACGGUGUGGCCGCGCCGGAGAUCGACGGUGCGGGAAGUGUUGUAGAUGCAGAGCUCAGAAAUGAGAAAUGUGAGUAGGCAACAGGAUGCGCGUGUAGAGUGUACGUUACGUGUAGGUUUAGGUGCAUGCAAGUGUAAAUACACGGGAUCUCCGUGCGGUGUGCCCAGUCACAGUUUGGAACUCAGCUUUUAUUAGUGCUCGUGUUCAGGCUCUGUGUCGUGCAUCAUGGAAUAAAUCUCUCCUUGUCUGUGAAAAA